GCAAAACAUAACAAUUUGAUUUAGUGUUUUAUAAUGUGUCAAAUCCGUUGGGCAGUAGUAUUGUUACAGUUUCUAGCCGUGAUGGGGAUUACGGUGCACAUUGCCGUGGCCAACCACAACUGGAACUGGAACAGGAACUGGGACAGCUACUCCAUGAGGCUGACGAACGGGAGCCACUGGGGCAACCACCACUUGGGGAGCAGCAACCACCACGGUGGUGGCUGGACGAGCCACAUAGGGACGAGCUCCCAAUCCGAGUCCACGGUGAGGUGCAGCCACUGGAACUGGAAGAGGCACAAUGGGCUGGGCCACUGGUGCAUGUCCGUGGGAAAGAACAGGAACGGGAGCUCCAGAGUGAACUUCCACCUCGGCUUCCUGCUCAAUGGGCAGAAUGCUGGAUCCUUGUGCCAGGACGAUAAUGGCGCUGAAGAAAACAAUGAAGCGGGCUGCCAUUUUGCUAUGGUUUGUUGGGAUUAUUGUUUGGAAAACAACUGAUACUUUUGCAGGCGAUCUUACGGCUUUUAUACUGGAGAAACGCAUACGAGGCUAGAUUUUCUAAGCAUGUAAUUUAUCAUUUUUAAGGCAAUUAAA